CGCUCCCUGCCGCCCGCGCCCGUAGUUUUCCUUGGUCGGUUGCAGAACUGCCACUCGUCUCGAAUGAUUUCACCGGGCGAUGAAUGAAAAUUGUGGUCCUGGUACUCAGAAAGUCCGCGAAAAACCAUACUAUUCAUAAACCUGAACUUAGUGUGAAACAGUGCGAUCGUAAAGGUGGAUCCUUGGUGACAGUGUUUAGCCAGUUCUCCUUUUUGUGUGACCGCAGUGUUUACGUGCUGAAACGGUAUCUAUUGUGUGAAAUUCCACUCUUCGGCCUGCAAGCGUCCCGUUUAAUGGGAUCUUGUUAAUCAACAGUUGGUGAAGGACGAGCGGCGCGAUGCCGGAGGGCGUGGCCAAAGAGGCCAAGGAUGAGGCGAAGGCCAAGGCCAAGAAGGAGGCCUCGCCCAAGCGCAGGCCCUCGGGCAACCUGGCCAAGAUCAAGGUGGAGCUGCUAGAUGGCUCCACUAUGGAUCUGGAGGCAGACAGAAAAAUCCGGGGCCACGAACUCCUAGGAAAAGUGUGCGACAAACUGAACCUGGUGGAGAAAGACUACUUCGGGCUGCUGUACGAGGAUCGAGGGGACCCGCGCGUCUGGAUCGACCUGGAGAAACGCGUGUCCAAGCUUAUCAAACAUGAACCCUGGGAGAUGAGGUUCGCAGUAAAGUUCUACCCGCCGGAGCCGGCACAGCUGCAGGAAGAGCUGACGCGGUACCAGCUGGUGCUGGCCGUCAGGAGGGACUUGUUGGAAGGCCGCCUGCCAUGCUCAACAGUAACCCACGCGUUGCUAGCGAGCUACCUACUUCAAUCAGAACUGGGCGACCACGAGGCUUCUGAACACGGCGCCGGUUUAUGCAAGCAGCUGAAGCUCGCACCGCCUGCUGCCUGCACGCCCGAACUGGAGGAAAAGGUCGUGGAACUACACAAGACACACAGAGGCCAAACCCCGGCAGAGGCAGAGCUGAACUACCUGGAGAACGCCAAGAAGCUGGCCAUGUACGGCGUGGACCUCCAUCCAGCUAAGGAUUCGGAGAACGUCGACAUCACGCUCGGCGUCUGCUCUUCGGGACUGCUGGUGCAUCGAGAGAAACUGCGCAUCAACCGCUUCGCGUGGCCCAAGAUCCUGAAGAUCAGCUACAAGCGGCACAACUUCUACGUGAAGCUGCGACCUGGCGAGUUCGAGCAGUUCGAGUCCACCGUCGGCUUCAAGCUGGCCAACCACCGCGCCGCCAAGAAGCUGUGGAAGACCUGCGUGGAGCACCACACGUUCUUUAGGUUAACAAGCCCAUCGCCACGCGACAAGAGCACGCUAUUCCCACGGCUGGGCUCCCGCUUCCGGUACAGCGGGCGCACGCACUACGAGUCGCGCGCCGCCGCGCCGCAGCGCCCGCCGCCGCACUUCGCAAGGACUCUCUCGCAUCGCACGCUGUCUUACAGCACCAGCAGCGUCGCCGGAACAGACAAGGAUGACAUGCCCCCGGAGGCUGCUAAGAGGCACACCAUGCCUCCGCAGCCGGCGCCGCGGCCCACCAUCAAAGACAAGAAGCCCCCGCCUGGAGCCGUGAAGGUCAUGCCCACCGCACCCCCGGAUAAGAAAGAAGAGAAGAAACUGGCGGAACAGAAGAAACCCGCUGAAAACGGCACAGACACGUCCAGCGAUCCAGGCAUCACGAACAACGUGGAGACCACGCCCAAGAAAGCCAAGGGAGGUUUCGGACUAUUUGGCAAGAAGGACAAGUCGCCAAAAGAUGAGAAAUCACCAAAAGAAAAGUCGCCAAAAGAGAAAUCUCCAAAAACUAAAGACAAAUCGCCGAAAGAGAAAGACAAGAAAGUUAAAGAUCCCAAAGCGAAGGUGGCCGUGCUCGACACGUCGAAUGAGAGCUCUAACCUCGAAUCGUCUAUGGACAAGAGUCCCACGAAAUCCGAAGACAAACCUGGCUUCACGAAGCCCUACGAAUACACUGACACAGAAAAAAGUCCAACGCGCACCAAGCCUUUCAUUCAAGGCGCGUUCAGUUACGAAAAAGAACCCAUUUCAGAAGAGCGGCAAAGAGCUCUUGACGAGAGCCAAAGUCCGACAACUAGGAAAGCGGGACUCGCGUUCAAUUACGCUCCGGGUGAAGACAAGAAAGUCGCUGAAAGCGCUGAGAAGCGUAAAACGGCUGAUGAUCCAAGCAAACUCAAAACGCCUGGCAUUGACUACGUGCAGUCGGCAGCUUUGAAGGAGCAAGCUAAAGCGCCUAAGCAUCUCAUUGACCCAACGUUAGCGUUGCUUGACGCAGAAAGGGCGCAUCAUGAAGCGCCUAUGGCGGCCGUAACAGUCGCCCCUGUAGCCGCUGCCAAGCCAGAAAACGAGAUUCAAGUCGUUAUCAUCACCGGCCGGUACAACCCUAAGACCAAAAAGCUUGACGACGCCAAUGGCACUAUUCUAGUAACCAAAGGCACACUAAACAAGGCCAAUGGGAAGAUCCAAACAGAAAAAGAAUCUAUCAACACCAAAUCAGGUCAAAUCACAUACACAGACCCCGCAACAAAUAAGCAAGAAGUAAAGAACGGACAUGUUGACUCCAAAACGGGUCAUAUUCUGUUCACGUCUGGAGUCAUCGACCCCAAGACUGGCAAGAUGGACUCGACGCUGGCCCAACAGUACUGCUUUGUUGAAAAAGCACAAGACAAAGUUGGAGCCAAACCUGGAAGGGAGGUCGAUUUAGUAGUGAUUACCGGCAAGUAUGACGGAAAACACAAGAAGUUAGAUGCUUCCCACGGGCAUGUUGAGGUGUCCAGAGCUGUGGUGUCGCCCGAUGGUACAGUUCACUCUAACUACGGGGCCAUUGACCCGAGAAGUGGAAAGAUCGAAUACAUUGAUCCGAAGACAGGAAAGCAGGAUCCAAAACAGGCCUACGUCGAUCAAAAGACAGGCAACCUGUUGGUAACAACGGGAGUACAUGAUCCUAAAUCUGGCAAAGUGGAUUCCUCACUUGGACAACAAUUUAGCAUAGUCGAAAAAGACGCGACUAAAGCGAAUAGAGAAGUUCGUCUUGUAGUUAUUACAACCAAAUAUGACGUGAAGACUAAGAAAUUAGAUCCGUCAUUCGUUGACGCGGACUCUGCUAAAGGAGUUCUGAGCGGAACAGAUGGAAAGAUCUACUCUGAAUACGGGGUCAUCGACCCGAGGUCUGGUGACAUCCUGGUCACUGACCCCAAGACUGGGCACCAAGAUAUCAAACACGCGCAAGUGGAUCCUAAAACUGGAAAUAUUCUCCUUCUGUCUGGUGUCAUUGAUCCAAGGACUGGACAGUUGGACACAACGUUGGCCCAACAGUAUAGCAUUGUUGACAAACCGACCGAUACCUUUGCGGUAGUUCCAGGAAAGGAGGUGCAAUUGGUUGCGAUCACAGGCAAAUACGACUCAAAGAACAAGAAGCUAGAAAAUCCCAACGGUUUCGUUGAAACGUCAAACGCUAUCAUCAGCGACAAAGAUGACAAAGUGCAUACCAACUUCGGUAUAUUAGACUUCGAAGCAAAGAAGAUCUAUUACACUGAUCCAAAAUCUGGAAAGCGCGAAUCGAAACCAGCUACGGUAGAUAAUAAGACUGGUAGCUUCAUCGUUACUUCAGGUGUUAUUGACCCCAAGACGGGCAAACCUGACUCGUCACUAGCUCAACAAUUGACCGUCGUAGACAAAGACGCUCCAAAACACCCAGAAAAAUACGUCAACUUAGUGAUUGUCACCUCUAAAUACGAUCCCAAAGGCAAGAAGCUGGAUCUAUCCAACGCGCACGUUGACUCCAUUCCUGGAAAAAUUGGCACUGACGAUAAAGUUCACUCAGAGUUCGGUGUCGUUGAUCCGAACACAGGAGAAAUCACAGUGACAGACCCAGUGACCGGAAAGCAAGAAGUCAAGAAAGCGUCAGUUGACUCCAAGACUGGGAACUUAUUGCUCACAUCUGGUGUUGUAGAUCCUCAAACUGGCAAAGUGGACCCUACCUUAGGUCAACAAAUAACCGUUGUGGACAAACCAAAGGAUAAAUUCACUCCAGUGUCUGGAAAGGAAGUCCAAUUGGUUGUUAUUACAAGCAAAUAUGACCCCAAGAACAGGAGAUUGGAUAACCCCAACGGUUAUGUAGAAACAUCCAGAGGUGUUGUGACUUCAGAUGGCCGAGUGCACACUAACUUCGGUGUCAUUGACCCCAAGACGGGUAAAAUUGAGCACGUGGAGCCUAAAACGGGCAAGCAAGAGAUUAAGCAAGCUGUUGCUGAUCCUAAGACCGGUCAUUUGAUUCUCUCCUCGGGCGUCACAGACCCUAAAACUGGCAAAGUCGACUCUUCACUUGGACAACAAAUCGCUAUCGUUGACAGGGAUUCACGAAAGGGUGUACCCGAAAGAUUCGUCAACUUGGUAAUCGUCACAUCUAAAUUUGACCUCAAGAACAAUAAACUAGAUCUUAGCGACGCUCACGUAGAUACCAUUCCUGGUAAGAUUGAAGCUGAUAACAAAGUAAAAACAGAUUUCGGUGUAAUAGACCCGGCAACUGGUGAAAUAACCAUUACUGACCCGGUAACUGGUAAGAAGGAAGUCAAGAAGACAUCUGUUGAUCCCAAAACUGGAAAUCUACUUCUUACAGCUGGAGUGGUUGACCCACGCACCGGCCAAGUUGAUUCUUCACUUGCUCAGCAAAUAACCGUUGUGCCAGCACCUAAAGAGAAAGUAACUUCAGUACCUGGAAAGGAGGUUCAACUGGUUAUAAUUACAAGUAAAUACGAUCCUAAGAAUAAGAGGUUGGAUAACCCUAACGGCCAUGUGGAGUCUCUACCUGGAGUUCAAGCAGCUGACGGCCGAGUCCACACGACUUUCGGUGUUCUUGACCCAAGGACGGGCAAAGUGGAACAUAUUGACCCCAAAACCGGCAAGACAGAGAUCAAACAAGCCGUCACUGAUCCUAAAACAGGCAAUCUUAUUAUUUCAUCUGGAGUUGUUGAUCCCAAGACAGGAAAGGUAGACUCGAGUCUCGCUCAACAGUUGGCCAUUGUCGACAAAGAUAAGAUACCGCAGAAGUUUGUCAAUUUGGUCAUUGUGACCGCCAAGUACGAUCCGAAGAAUAAGAAAUUCGACUUGACCAAUGCUCACGUUGAUACCAUCCCUGGUACCGUCAGAAGAGAUAAUAAAGUCGAUACCGAAUUCGGAGGAAUCGAUCCUAAGACUGGCGAUAUUCUCAUCACUGAUCCUAUCACUGGAAAGCAAGAACUUAAGAAAGCCACUGUUGACCCUAAAACAGGAAACAUGGUGCUGACAUCUGGUGUUAUUGAUCCCCUGACAGGACAAGUCGACCCCACUUUGGGACAGCAAAUAACUGUUGUCGACAAACCUAAAGACAACUUCACGCCCGUGCCAGGCAAAGAAGUGCAGUUGGUAGUGAUCACAAGCAAGUAUGAUCCCAAAACCAAGAAGCUUGAAAAUCCUAAUGGUCAUGUUGAAACAUCAAGAGGUAUCAUUGCUUCAGACGGCAGAGUACACACAAACUUCGGAAUCAUUGACCCGAGAACUGGUAAAAUUGAGCAUGUUGAAUCUACUACUGGCACGUUGGAGUUCAAACAAGCUACCACAGACCCUAAGACAGGCCAUCUCAUUCUAACCUCUGGAAUCGUAGACCCCAAGACCGGAAAGCCUGACGCUACAUUAGCUCAACAAUUAAGCAUUGUCAGCAAAGAAGCCAAACCAGUUGAAAGGGAGAUUAAUCUUGUUAUAAUUACGACUAGAUACGACCCGGUUACUAAGAAGAUGGAUCCAACACAAGCCCAUGUUGAUACCGUCCCUGGAACAUUAGGGCCCGAUGGCAAGAUCAGAACAGCGGUUGGCGUCGUUGAUCCUCGUUCCGGAGAGAUAAUUGUGACUGACCCAAGAACUGGCAGACAGGAGGUGAAGCAAGCCCAAUUAGACCCUGCCACUGGUCACAUGCUGAUUACUAGUCAAGUCGUAGACCCAGUUAGUGGCAGAGUUGACCCAACAUUGGUUCAGCAAUUCAGCGUUGUGAACAAGACAGUGGUACCGAUUGCGAAGCCACCUACCAAGGGCGAGAUUCGUCUAGUUAUCAUCACCAACCGAUACGACCCGUACACAAAGUCUGUUGAUGCUGGAUCUGGAGUUAUUGAAACCACUAAAGGCUACGUCAGUGCUGAAGAUGGCAAAAUACACACUGACUUUGGAAUCAUCGACCCUCGCUCUGGUCAAAUCUUCUACAAGGACCCUGUAACCGGCAAACAAGAGCUGAAACAAGCCGAGAUCGAUCCUAAGACCGGCAACUUCAUCAUCACGACUGCAGUAGUAGACCCUAGAACAGGCAAAGUAGACCCCUCAUUCGCUCAGCAGUUGACGAUAGUCGAUAAGCAGAAUGUGUUGUCUAAAGUAGCGCCAGUAACUCGAGCUAGCGUAUCCCCGCCAAGGCAGAUUCCCUCGCCAGUCAAAACACCCACACCCACGCCAACACAAACGCCUUUACAAUCGCCAGUGCGUACGUCUUCACCUAUUACCAGCUAUGUGCAGAGAGCUUCGCCUAUCGCUUCCUCAAUACAGAGGGCGUCUCCUGUCAAACCGACCACGGCACCACCAGAGCCUCCCAAGAGAAAGAUUGUUAAAAUCAUGGUUAUCUUCACCAAAAUUGAUCCUAAGACUAAAAAGCCAGAUAUGCACACUGCUGAAGUGGAACAUCUGACCGGAAUUCUUGAUCCGAACGGCUUGAUUGAAACUAAAUACGGAGUCAUUGACUCGAACAGAGGCACCAUCGUUGUCACUGAUGCUGCAGGACAAAAGCAAACUAGAGACGGCUCCGUUUUACCAGAAACUGGACAAAUAUUUAUUAAUUCCGGUGUAAUUGAUCCUAAAUCGGGCAAGAUUGACCCUAACUUGGGCAUGAUUUUGAGCGUAGCCAAACAGGAUGACCCUGUCGUAGAAAUCACCACCAUCACCGGCCCUAUUGACCCUAGAACAGGCAAAGUUGAUGUUGAAAACGGAUCGGUUGAGCAUACUAAAGGUAAAGUUGAUGCUGAGACUGGACAUAUUUCUACUAAAUAUGGUGUCAUUGACCCGUCUAAUGGUGUUAUAUUCGUAACUGACACGUCCGGUGCUCAAGAUACUAAACCAGUUAACAUUGACGAGAAUAACGGACAAAUUACUGUCACAGGAGUCGUUGACCCGAAGACAGGAAAGGUCGAUCCUAAACUUGGACAGGUUAUUGUGGUUGGAACGCACAUCGACCCUGUAGUGGAGGUAACAACGUUUGUAGGCAAAGUCGAUUCAAAGAAAGGCGUCAUCGAGCCCAAACACUCUGCUAUUGAAAGUACAACUGGUCAGUUCAACCCUGAGAACAACAAGAUUGACACGAAAUACGGACAGAUCGAUUUAGUGAAAGGAACCGUGACCUACAACGAUCCUAAGACGGGUAAAUUCGAAAGCAGAGACCUCAAAGUUGAUCCUGUCACAGGUCAAUUCUUAUUGAGAAGUGGCCAAAUCAACCCGAAAUCUGGCAAACCAGACAAGGACGUCGGCAGGUUGAUCUGCCUGAGAAUCAUUAGGAACAAAGUUGAUCCUAUCUCCGGCAAGCAGAUCGUUUCUAACGACCCAAGGAACGUUAAAGUUGACCCGAAAACAAACCAAAUCUGGAUCGCAGGACCUAAAGACCCUCAAACAGGAGAAACUUUGUACACCGCUGGACAGGUUGACCCCGUCACGGGUUACAUCAUUACAAUCUACGGCCGCCUGGAUCCCAAGACCGGUACCAUCGUUAGAGCGACAGACAUUGACAAGUCUCUCAUCAAGAUUGACCCUGUUAAUGGGCAGAUAUUCACAGCAACUGGAGAAGUUGAUGAGAACAACCACCCAUUGUACUCUGCAUCCCAAAUCGACCCUAGCUCCGGUGAGAUUUACACCAAACUCAGCAAAAUCGACCCGAUCACCGGCCGGUUGGUCAUAGUGAAAAUCUACAUCAUGACCCAGAAGGACGAAAAGGGACGCGUGAAAGAAGUUGAUCCUAAAGAAUGCACCAUCGACGAAACCACAGGCAGAAUCAUCACAACGAAAACGGUUUACUUGUACCAGAUCGUCGAUCCUAUUACUGGUGAGACUAUUGACGUAGACCCUGACGAUCCCAGGCUAAAGGGCGCUAGGACAACGGUGACGCAAACCAUGACUUUGUCAGGCAAAAUUGACCCGGUCACGGGCAGAAUCAAGACGGAAUACGGAGAUAUCGACCCGGAUACAGGCGACAUCGACCCGAGCACGGCCGUCAGAGACCCGGUGACAGGACAGUUGAUCCUGCACUACUCUCAAAUCGACCCCUCGCACUUUGAGGACAAGAGCGGCAACUACACGAUAGAGAAAGAAACCCAGGACUUACCAGCGAACAUCGACAUCCAAACGGUGAACACGCACAAAUUCUCGACGUUCGGCAAAGACGAGAGCCCCGCGAAAGGAGACGAGCCCAAAACCUUCACGGAGUACACGACAAGCGAGCACAUACGGCACCAGGGUUACGUGUCUUCCAGUACCCCACUAUCCUCUAAGAUUCCAGUGUCCCAGCGGACGAAGAAGACGCCGACGCCGCCUGUCGUCGUCAAGACGACCACCAAGCAGCUUCUGACGAAGAAUGACGAGGGCGUGACGCAUAACGUGGAACAGGAAGUGGAGAACCUCGGCACCGGAGAAGUGACAUUCUCCACCCACACAAAUAAGGCGGAAAGUCUGGAACCUAUGGAGGGGAAGAGUCCUUACGUGACCGCGCGGGCCGUGACGACUCGGACGGCGACGACCCAUCACGACUUGGACACGAAGGCCAAGACGCAGCAGAUGGAAGAGAAGACCGUGGCGCACACUCUGACGUCAUCGGCCACGAGGCAGGAGCAGCGCGUGCUGACACAGGAAGUCAAAACCAUGGUCACCACCGGCGACAAGCUGGCUAGGCGUGGCUCCGACAGCUCCAUCAGCAGCGGCGACUCCGGAACGCCCAUCGACUUCGAGGAGGGCGCGGGAGAGGGACACUACUACGUCACUGAGCCCGGCGCGUACCGCACCACCACAACCACCACCGUCAUGGGCAACGCGCCCUUCGGUAGCAUGGUGCACGGAACCACCACCAGGACGAGUACGGGCGCCAGCCCCAUCGUGGACGAGCCCGAGACGCCGGCGCCUGAAGGCGAGGUGGUCUCCUCGCAGACCAUCAGCUCCAAGACGCGCACCGUCGAAACCAUCACAUACAAGACGGAGCGCAACGGCGUGGUGGAGACUCGCGUGGAGCAAAAGAUCACCAUUCAGUCCGACGGCGACCCCAUCGACCACGACCGCGCGCUCGCCGAGGCCAUCCAGGAGGCCACUGCAAUGAACCCAGACAUGACAGUGGAGAAAAUCGAGAUCCAACAGCAGAGCACGCAGCCGUAACGCGCCCGCGCCGCCAUCUUGGAUCUUGUGGCUGGCAACACUCCAUCGCUGCCAACCUACAAGACAGUAAUAAAACUUUUUAACUAUGACUACGGCGUCAAACCGAGUAUGCCUCUGCCAUCACAAUAUUCCAAUAUGGCAACUCGAGUCAUGUCUACAGUAUGUUUACAUACCUAGUUAUAAGCGACAUCACUGCGAAUAUUAAUACUAAGUUAUUUAAAUAAAAAACAUUUAUAUUAAUUGAUUGAUACAGUGUUAAUUAAUUAUUAUAUUUGAUGUUGUGACGUCGAAACGCACCUUCGAUUUAUUUUAUUAAAGUUAAGAAAUGCAAUUUUUAUUGUAUGUAAAAUACAUGUUUAGGGCGGUGAGCAUUUUUCAAAGUUUUUUAUAAGCUUAGGCUAAGGCGAUAUUAUACGAUACUUCUGUGUGUAGCAUGGAGCGUGGGCGCAUUCGUAUUUCAACUAACCUUUUUUCUAAGACACCUAACUACAUAAAUAACUAAAUUUGACAGCUAUUUUGACACUUUGGAAUUGACAGUCGAUGUAUAAAGUUAGCGAUACAAUAAUGCCUCAAUAUAAGUAGUUAUUAUUAUACGAAUAAGCCUGCGCUCACCCCGCUAACCGGUACAUAUUAUACGGCUUGUAGCAAAUGAGUGUUGCCAUAGUAAGGAAGUGUUCGUGUAAAUUCAUAUUUAACGUCUCUCAAUACGGAUUAGCUUUAAAAUAUGUCACACGAGGUAGACCACCGUUUUUUAGAUUAAAAAGUAUGAUUUCUAUCUUAUGACUAAAAACUUUAAUCGCGACAAUGUAGCAUGGGACUAAUGAAGAUUAUUUCUAUUUGAAAAUAUAAUAUUUUGACUCUAAAUUGUUUGUUUAUUGCUGUUUUACUCUAUAACUUGGUUUGAACAUUUUAAUGUGUAAAUUACAAUUGAAUUAAGCAUGACAUCACAUGACAGUAACAAUUAGUUACGAAUGUGUUAGAGUGAAACAUGAGUUGUACAAUCACCCAGGGCCCACAGAGUCAACACAUAAAUGUAUGUUAAAGCAUAAAAUAAUAUAUUGAGGUGUUGCUAUGACGGUUGCGAGUAUAUUCAACGGUAGGUGCUACUUAGGUUAUAGUUACGGUCUAUUUCGUUUUAUCCUGUACGUGGAAUUAGUAUAACCUAUAAAACAUGUGGGACGAUCGACCAUUGUUUAAAACAUGCCUUAAUGUCCGGCUCGAAGGAUCAUUUUGGUCCUUAGAACCGGAUCUACUUAUUUUUAUGACUUGAGUAAGUAAUUGAAAAUGAUAUUAGAUUUCUGUGCAAUAUUUAAAAACUCUUAUGAUCAUAGAUCUCUUAGUAUUACUUGGAUUUUGUAUGAAACUUUUACCUUGAGAUUGCUAAAUCUAUUGUAUUCUUAUAAUUAUUCUUAUGACUGCAUUAUGUUAAUUGACAAAUUAUUAUUACGUGGUCGAUUUCCCACAAGGCGAUGCUUAGUCGGUGUUAGCGUAUAUUAAGGCCAGUCGAGCAUUUCGUCUUUAUAUUCACAAGCACAAUCGUUACUCGUUGAAAUAAUAGUUUCAUCACACGUUAACAUUAUUACUGUCAUCUUGAUUAUAUUGAUUGGUCAAAUUGAGUAUUAAGAAGUUACAUUAACUGUUGAUGCUGUCUCGUAAAUCUUUUGAUUUGUGCUAAUGAUUGAAUAACAUGUUAUUAUAAUUUCAACGAGCACACUAUUAUAUGAGCAACGCGUCGAUUUUUUUGUAUAUCUUAAUAUAACAGGACAUUCCAAAACUGUUCACAAAUUCAUAGAAUUAACUAGAUCAUGACACAAAGUGUUUCUUUUUUAUAAUUUUUUAAAUAGAUAUUUUAAGAUUUAUUUCUCUUCAAAAACUACUGUUUUGACUUCGCUGUACGUGGCCGAAAGCAUGCUUAUUAGUAUCGUUGUAGAUAGCAUGCUUUACGUAUACGGAUGCAAGCAAAUUUUUAUAUAAGGAGUUGUAUAAUCGGCUUCCAGGACUAUGGUCCUUCGAGCCCGAUGGAAUGAUUUAAUGUUAGUGCUAACAUUAGGGAAUACCGCGGAGUCAUCACACCAGUUUGCAAAACGUUGGAAAUGAUACUGAUAUUGUACAAUUAUUAUUAUUAAUAUAUUUCAUACACUAGCUAGACGUAAAGUUUUUGUAAUAGUACAUAAGUUUAUAUUAUGAAGUUAUCGGCACUGAUUGUGAAUCAGAUUUUAAUUGUAAUGUUUGUCUUUUUUAUGUAUAUGACAUUUAUUUGGAGGGGCUUGUGGGUUUGAGGCAGAAGUGUUAUGGGUACAAAUGUAUAUGCCAUGGUAAUGACAGAUUUUGACAAUCAUCAGUGCUUUUGUGUCAAAUUCGCGAGCCCUAUCGUUAUUUCGUUUGUGUGCUCGGAGAAGAUAGCUGCUGUUUUGAUUUUACUUAAAAACUUAGUUUUUGUGUGACAAAAUUGAGGAUAACACUCAUUUAGUGCCUUGUAGGUGUUGGUAACGUAAUGGAAGGAUUUUUAGAACGUUUAAUAAAAGCUGAGAGUUAAAAAUUUACAUAAUUUAUAUUAUUAAAUCUGUACAAGAACGUUUAGACGUUCUUUUUAGAACAGAUAUGAUUGUUUUUGUGUAAUAUAGGUACUUUAAAGUUAUCUUCUCCGAGAGCGCAAUGUCCACUUGUGUUACGUCCCAUAUUUAUUGAAGAUGUUUAUUUUUCUAACUCGUCCCAGCUCCGUAUUAUUUUGUAUUUACGAGAAGUUAUAAAAUAGAAAUAAAAUAAAAAUGCUUUGUUUUAAA